AUGGUUAAACUGAAAAAAAUAAGUAAAAGGCGAACGCUGAAACAAAAAUAUUCAAUUGAAAAAAAAGUUGCUGCACAUAAAAAGAAAUUAAAAAAGAUCGUAAAAAAAACAAAUAUUCAUAAUCGUAGGAAUAAAAAAAAAGCUUUAAAAAUAUCAGAUUGUAUAUUUAAAGAAAGCAUAUUAAAUAAUAUAAAAAUUGCAGCAUUAAGUAAAAAAAAAAAAAACAAACAUGAAGAUGAUAUAUGUAAAGAAAUUAACAUCGAAACCCUUGAUGAUUCAACAAUAAAUAACAUCAAAUAUGAACUAAAUAUCUCAUCAGAACAAAAUCAGAAUGUUCCUUCCAUUGAUAUACAAAAUGAUACGUAUACUUUUCAGGAAUAUAUAAAUUCAAAUUAUGGAAUAAAAAUGAAGCUAUUUGAAAAUGCAAAAAAAGAAUAUUAUUCUAAACUUAAUGAAAAAUAUAUAUAUAUUGAUAAUUUAUUAGAAGUAAUAAAAAAUACUGACAUCAUUUUUUACCUAGUUGAUGUAAGAAAUCCAUUAAUAUAUUUAGAUAAAGAUAUUAUUGAUUUUAUAAAAAUGUGUAAAAAAGAAAUUAUUAUUGUUUUAAAUAAAUGUGAUUUAGUAGAUAAAGAAAUAACAAAACAGUGGUUAGUAUAUUUUAGAAAUUAUUAUAUAACUAUUCCAUUUAUUUCUCGUAUAAAAAAUAAUCCUCAAUAUUUACAAAACCAACAAAAUAAGAAAAAUAAUCAAAAUAACCCAAAUAAAACUGAUACUAGUGCAGAAAAUUUUUAUCAAAAUAAUACCAAUUAUUAUAUAAAACACGUCUUGAAAAAUAUCAUAAAUUCAAAUGUCAUAAAUUCAAAUGUCAAAAUUACUUAUGGGGUUGUUGGAUGUAUAUAUACAGGCAGACGAAGCUUUAUUAAAUCAAUACUCAAUGAGUUCAAUUUUAUAGAUUCUAAUAAUAAACAAAUUAAUAUUAAUGUUGAUAGUAAUAUUAAUAUAUAUACUAACUGUGGAUUAAUUUUAAAACAUAAUUUAGAAGGUAUUGAAUUAAUUAAAAAAUUACAUUCCCUUAAUAAUAAAGAAAAAUUACAUUUUUUAAGUGAAUUUUUAUUAAAUUUAAGUGGAAAAAAUUUUAGGAAUUUUUUUAUUUUAUUAAAUGAAAAUAAAAAUGGUUAUGAUUAUCAAAAUAUUUUUUCAAAUGAUAUGGAUAAAGCACACAAAAAAGAAAUAAAAAAACAUAUCAUAUCUCAACUUUUUUUAAUAGAUAUAGCUAAACCAUUAGUAAAUAAUAAUAUUAAUUAUAAAAGUGUUACAAACGUUUUUAAUAAAUUAUUUUUAAAUAAAAUACCAUAUUAUGUAAUACCCAAAUCACAAAUAAUUCCAUCCCAUAAUAAUUCCACAAAUUCUACAAAUUUGAUACUCGAACGAUUUCCUAAUAUCACACAAGAAGAUAUAUAUUCAAAAGUUGAUAAUUUAAUUUUUUCAAAAAAAGAUAAAUUUAAUACUUUUAUUAUUAUAAAAAGUGACAAAUUUAAUUUCUAUAUUUGA